AUUUGUUAAUAUACUUGGCAAAUUUUCUUUUGUUUCAAAUGGAUGCCCAAAGAUUUUCUCUUCUUCUUUGUCUUCUCAUUCAUGGAUUUCUCUCGGCCCUUCUCGUUACCAUCGGAGUGUCUCAAUCAGAUAAAAGGAGCUAUGUUAUAUACAUGGGAAAUCCACCUAAAGUUGGAACUGCAACAGCCUCACUUCAUAACAGUAUGCUACAAGAUGUCUUAGGCAGCGAAUCCGCCACAAAGUCGGUGCUUUGUAGUUACAAGAGGAGUUUUAACGGGUUUGUGGCGGAGCUAACGGAGGAAGAAGCACGGAAAAUGGCCGGAAUGAAUGGUGUAGUAUCAGUGUUUCCAAAUGAAAAGAGAAUCUUACAUACAACAAGAUCAUGGGACUUCAUGGGCUUCUCACAACAAGUUCAAAGAGCAACUUCGGAAAGUGAUGUCAUCAUCGGAGUUUUAGACACCGGAAUUUGGCCCGAAUCCCAAAGUUUUAAUGACGAAGGACUUUCUCCACCUCCGGACAAAUGGAAAGGCAUUUGCCAAGAUGCAAAUAAUAUCACUUGCAACAAUAAAAUCAUAGGAGCACGAUAUUACAAAAGCGAUGGAUUAUUUGGCUCAAACGAUAUCAUUUCACCAAGAGACUCAGAAGGCCAUGGAACUCACACUGCAUCUACGGCUGCUGGAAGGUUAGUUAACCGGGCAAACUUGUUUGGCCUUGGUGCCGGAACAGCUCGCGGAGGAGUUCCGUCAGCACGCAUUGCGGUGUACAAAAUUUGUUGGUCCGACGGUUGUUCUGAUGCCGACAUUCUUGCGGCGUUUGACGAUGCGAUUGCCGAUGGGGUCGACAUUAUAUCUCUAUCAGUCGGAUCAACAACUCCUACAGAUUAUUUCCAUGAUCCGAUUGCGAUUGGAGCUUUUCAUGCAAUGAGAAAUGGCAUUUUGACAGUGACCUCUGCCGGUAAUCAAGGUCCCCGACGAGCAACCAUCACGAAUUUUUCGCCAUGGACCCUUUCAGUGGCUGCUAGCACAAUUGAUCGGAAGUUUUUCACCGGAGUUAAGCUUGGAAACGAUGUGGUUUAUGAGGGUGUAUCAAUAAAUACAUUUGAUCUCAAGAAUGAAACAUACCCUAUGAUUUAUGGUGGAGAUGCACCAAACCCUAUAAGGAAUUAUACAUCAUCUUCAUCAAGGAUUUGCUUGGAGAACUCAUUGGACCCUAAUUUGGUGAAAGGCAAAAUUGUACUUUGUGAUAGGUUAGUCUCCGGGGAAGGACCAUUAAUAGCUGGUGCAGUUGGUGCGUUGUUGCGAGCCAAUUCACCAAAAGAUGUUGCAUUCUCUUUUGUUUUGCCUGCUUCUCAUCUUGAUCUGGUUGACGGUAGCAAGAUUUUCGUAUAUAUAAACUCAACGAGCAAUGCAACUGCAACUAUAUUUAAGAGCAAUGAGGUUAAUGACACUAGGGCUCCUUAUGUAGCCUCUUUUUCCUCGAGGGGUCCGAAUCCGAUUACACCCGAAAUACUCAAGCCAGAUUUGUCAGCACCAGGGGUUGAUAUUGUAGCUGCAUGGUCUUUAGCUUCACCAGUUUCCCAAAGUAGAGGCGAUAAUAGAUGGGUUCCAUUUAACAUAAUCUCAGGCACAUCAAUGGCUUGUCCCCAUGUUUCUGCCGCAGCUGCGUACAUUAAAUCUUUUCAUCCCACUUGGUCUCCUUCUGCUAUCAAAUCUUCCCUUAUCACUUCAGCUUCCCCUAUGAGUUCAGGCAUGAACUCGGACGCUGAGUUUGCAUACGGAUCAGGUCAUUUGAACCCAAUCAAAGCUAUAAAUCCAGGCUUAAUCUACGAUUCCAAUGAAGUUGAUUACAUAAAUUUUUUAUGCGGACAAGGAUAUGACACUCGGUUUCUUCGACAAGUUACUGGGGAUAAUGCCACAUGCUCUGCAGCAACAAAUGGAACAGUACUUUCGGAUCUAAACUAUCCUUCAUUUUCUGUUUUCACUUCUUCUUCAACAAUUGUUCGUCGUGUUUUCAAUAGAACUGUUACGAAUGUGGGAUCUCCGAUGGCGACGUAUAGAGCAAGAGUGAGUUUUCCGACAAGAACAGCUAGAGUCCGAGUUAACCCUAAUGUUUUGUCGUUUACAUCUGUGGGACAAAAGCUGUCUUUUCAAGUAAUAAUUGAAGGAACAAUGGAUGCAUCUAUGAUUUCUGGUUCUUUAGUGUGGGAUGAUGGUGUGCAUAAAGCGAGGAGUCCAAUAGUUGUGUUUGCUUCAAUAUCAUAGCUGUGAAAACCUGAAAUUUGAAAAGGCUAAACUACCAAAAGUGCACUUGAACUAGAUUACAUUCAUUAAAUAAGUCCCUAUAUUUUUUGUUGUACCCAAAUAAGUUCUUAUACUUUUAUUGAUUGUAUUUGAAUUAGCUCUUAUUGUAAAUGAAAUAAUGAUUUAGGGUCUGUUUGAUUGCC